AUGACGCCCUCCUUGAACCCCCCUCCUGCACGUCCUGCUGAUAUUUACGAAAAACUUUUGAUCAUUCAAACACGUCAGUGUUGUGAGUGCUCGUGUGCCUCCAGUAGCUCUGCUGAGCAUUCGUGUGGGGAGAACGGGUUCAACUGCCGGGAUACCACCUGCUUAGACCUUUCCCUUGUCGCUGAGUUCCCGGAUUGCACCGGGGACUACCUGACAGUUGGCGAUGGCUCAUGCUCCAAGGCCAACAACAACGAUCUAUGCGGCUAUGACGGUGGAGAUUGUUGUGUGUGCAGCUGCCAGGGUGUCAACUGCAUGAGAACCUCGUUCGAGUGCUUGGAUCCCAGUGCUAAUGAAGAGCUCCAUGACUGCGAACCAUCGCCGCAGCUCGCCCUCCCUUGCACAGCAGACGCUCAGCAGACGUGGGUGGUGGAAAGCUCGACACAAGCGCAGGCUCUGGCCGCAGCGGUCAACUGCUCCGGCGGAUUGUUCGAGGUGGAGUGGAGAGGCCGCGUAGUGGUGGGUCAGCCCUUCUAUGUGGUGGAUGGUACCGUCCUCACUAUCUCAGGUGCCGAUUCGAGUGCCGUUGUGGAAGGGAAUGCGUCGACACGGAUAUUUACCGUCGUUAACGCCGACCUAUACUUGAGCCACGUCAACGUCAGCUACGGCUCCAGCACAACUGGGGGAGCAAUCGCUGCGGCAAGGUCCAGCUUGACGCUCAAUGGGACAAACUUCGUCGGCAACACCGCUUCGGCAUACGGUGGUGCCAUUUAUGUGUCCGAUGGCUCGAGCGUGUACUGCGUAGGCUCGACCUUUAGCGGCAAUGAGGCGGGCAUCGACGGUGGCGCCAUGUAUGUGACCGGCAGCUCGGUGAUUUCAGGAGGCGGAACAUGGGUCAACAACACGGCAGGCGAUUCGGGAGGCGCCCUCAGGGUUCAGAGCGGCUCCAGCGCAUCGUGGGGCGAAGAGUCUAUGUUCGCCACCAACACCGCGGGACGUGCAGGUGGUGCCGUGAGCAUCGACAACGGCUCGGGCGUGUCCUGGAGUGGCCCAAACGGCUUUUAUUCAAACAGCGCUGGACUCUACGGUGGCGCAUUGAGCAGCAUUCAUGGCUCGAGCGCAUCAUGGAGCGACUUGACAACACACGCAAACAAUUGGGUCGGAGACUUUGGAUAUGGGGGCGCGCUCUACCUGUGGAACGGGAGCAUGGCCUCAUUUAGCGCACAAACGGCAUUUUUGGGUAAUGAAGCAGGGUACAACGGUGGCGCCGUGUUCGUCGACGAAGGGUCUGCCGCAUCAUGGAGGGGGGAAGCCAUGAGCGUUUUCGAAGGGAAUCGAGCCGGACGUUUCGGAGGAGCUCUGGCGGUGUCGGCAAGGUCCCGUGUCUCAUGUACAACAGAAACAACUAGCACAUUUUUCGACAACUCGGCUUUUGAUGGGGGCGGUGCCAUUUUGGUUGAAUUGGACUCGAGCUUGUCGUUCGGCGGCAACACGUCCUUCGAAAGCAACCGCGCGUUGGGUGACCUAAACACAGAGAUAGGGUGGGGCGGUGCGCUUCACGUAGAUGGCUCGAAUGCCUCUUCUAGCGGACAAGUGAAGUUUACCGGAAACAGCGCCCGAUACGGAGGCGCACUGUACGUGCUUCACGGCAGCGUCGGGUGGAGCGGGGAGACAAUUCUAGCAGAAAACGAUGCGUCGGUAUCAGGAGGUGCUGUGUUCUCCGGUUUUUCGGCCAUGUCAUGGUUCGGGGAUACGCAGAUGUUCAAUAAUUCGGCCGAAACGGGGGGGGCUCUCUAUCUUUCAUCCUCGGUCGCUAUGUGGGAUGGGAAUACGACCAUGACUGAAAACAGAGUCACCGGCGAUGCAGCAGCAGGUGGUAUCAUUUGUGCAGUCUUCGCUUCCACGAUUUACUGGAGUGGAGGUUUGACAAGGUUCAUCGGGGGUUCCUCGAGCUUCGUCGGAGGCGCACUCUAUGUCAGUGGCAGUGAAGUAACCUGGAGCGGUGGGACAGAGUUCUCUGGAAAUACUGCUCUUUUCGGCGGCGCCGUUUACAUGUUGAAUGGAACUUCGGUUGGCUGGACCGAACAUACCGAGUUCACGUCGAACAGGGCACUCUCCGAAGGAGGUGCGAUGAUGUCGCCGUCCUACGACUCAGAGUACAACCCCCUAGAAUCAAGCCUGGUUAUCAACGGGACCACGACCUUCUUCAACAACACAUGCGGAGAAAACGGGGGUAGUCUGGCCCUGUUCGAUGCAUGUUCUUUAGAUAUCAACACUGCGGAUGUCAGCUUCACCGGAAAUUCAGCUGGAUUUGCCGGCGGGGCUGUAUUCGUGUCUGGGGCCGGGAUUGGCCCGACGUUUUCAGACGUGAGCUUCAUCUCCAACUUCGCUCAGGUUGGGGGUGCCGCCUCUGUGUUUGGGUCUGGGAACGAUAGAGGUAUGUUGAGUCCCAUAAUUCCAACGAAGUUCGACCGAUGCCGCUUCAUCGACAACGUGGCGACAACAUCCGGCGGAGCUGUCGACAGCGCAGCUGGGCAAGACAUUGUAGUCAACUCCGUUUUCAAGGGGAACUCGGCGGAGGUUGGGGGUGCGCUUAGACUGGCAGGCACUGCAUUUGUGGAAAAUUGCUCUUUUGUCGAGAACGUUUCAGGCCGCCAAGAGGGGGCCGCGGUGUCCAACAUUGGGCUCGUGUCCACGAUGGCAAAUUCCUCCUUCACCGGCAACGGCUUCACCUGUGGACCAGACCUGUUCCUGGAAUACGACGCGACAGAUAAUGGUACCUUCGAGGCUGUCUGCGAUGGAUGUCGAGUUGCGUGCGAUGGAUGCUCCUUUGAUGAACCUCCUGCAGUCCCAACUUGCUCGGAUGUGAUGGACCAUGGCACAAGCACGGGUGGCAAGGUUACCCUGGAAACACUGUCGAUCGAUCCUGGGUACUGGAGGGCUACGUCAUCCAGCAAAGAGAUUCUUCCUUGCUACAACGCUGACGCUUGCCUAGGAGGAGUGACUGGCACUGCAGGAUACUGCCUUGAGAGCUAUGAAGGACCAUAUUGCUCCAUCUGCAGCGAUGGUUACGCGUCGAACCUGGGUUAUUCAUGCAGCAAGUGCUUCAGCCGCUCUGGCGGCAUCGUGUUCGCCGUUGGUAUGGCCGUUUUGGCGUUGUUCGUUGCCGUUGUUGUGAUCAUGUACAUCAUGUCUGGGGAGGCAGGGGAGCGGAGAAUGUACGUGUUGGAGCGCUUGGGGUGGUACGUUCCGCUGCAAUCUGUGAAGAUCGUCAUCGUCUCGUGGCAAAUUCUGACACAGUUCGCUUCUGCGGCGAACGUCGUCUACCCGGGUGUGUACCAGCAAUUCUUAGACGGCCUGAAGGUGUUUGGCUUCGACCUGGGAUGGUUGAUGUCUGCCGGAUGUGUCUUGGACAUGGGCUUCCAUGGUCGACUGCUCGCAGCUACGAUCGGCCCGAUCUUCGCCGUUCUUCUCUUAGCUGGAACCUACGCCGCUGCGACCCGUAUCAAUCGCGAGGCCAAUGAGAAGCUGCGGAUCAUCUGGGACAAGCACGUGUUUGUGUUCCUGCUGCUGACGUUUCUGGUAUACUCAAGUGUAAGCUCCACCUUGUUCAAAACGUUUGCGUGUGACGAGCUCGAGGACGGCAAAAACUACUUGCGUACAGACUACCGCAUCGAAUGCGACUCCAGCAAGCAUAAGGUUUUCCAAGUGUACGCAGGUUUCAUGAUCUUGUUGUACCCCCUAGGCAUUCCCAUGUUGUAUAGCAUUCUGUUGUUUAAGGAUCGUGAGGUGUUAAAAAAGGACAAAGCCGACCGAGACGACAGUGCUCGCGUGAAGUCGACCUCCGAGCUUUGGCAACCGUACAAGCCAUCGGUGUUCUACUACGAGGUCAUCGAAUGCGGCCGACGCAUAUUACUUACUGGGAUAGUCGUGUUCAUUUACCCUAACACCGCAGCCCAGCUUGCAAUCACGCUGAUGAUGGCCUUCUUUUUCGCGUUGCUUUCAGAAGCGAUAUCUCCGUACUCGUCUAGGUGGGAGACCUGGGUCAAUCGUAUGGGCCAUGUGGUGGUAGCUGUAAGUAUGUAUGUUGCCCUCUUGCUGAAGGUUGACGUAUCCGACGAGCGGGCUGACAGCCAGAGCGUGUUUGAAGCGGUUCUUGUUACCGUCCACGCGUGCAUGAUACUUUCGGUUGUUGUAGAGACCUUUGUUGUGGCAGGAUUGUGGACGCGGAGACUGCGAGAGGAUUUGCCGGCCAGAUUUCGUCGCGGGAAAUUUUUGUUUCGCGGGGGCGUAUAGCAGUUCUCGGCAAAAGGCUACUAGACUUGUCCGUAAAAACAAGUAUGUUUCUCAGCACGUGUGUGCCACGCCGGGGAUCGCGCGCCAACGAUGUAGUCGAGAAUGAUUGGUCCACCUGGGUGCAUCGGUGUGUUUUCUUGUGCGCAAGUCGUACCAGUUUGGGAGUUUGAUGGGGAGUUGCCCGAAUAGUGGACGACUACUUGUAGGCCGUACAUGAGUUGGUCAGAGUAGGUCGGCUACGCCACACAGUAUUGUUCCAAUCUAUGUUCGGUAGUUAACGUGCGGCUUGGCACUAGGCUGAUGCAUCGUGUUCAGUCGGAUGGUCUGUGUAUUGUAGGUUGUUAAAUGUACUGUUGUUGCCCACACGUGGAAACCUUUGUCAAGGGAGUGGGUGCAGGCAACGGCGUCUUGACGUACUAGUUUUGUUGGUCCUGAGACUGCUCAAAUAAAUGUUGCUCUUCGGUUUCCCCGGCCAUCCUAUAUGUUUUAUACCGCACGUUGCAUUUUUUUUUCGAUAUGUUUUGUAUGCCGUCGACCGCUGCAACCUUCACAGAGACAUCAACCCCAACAGUGUAUUUCCUGAGCAAUGGCCAGUUCCGUCGGGGUG